UCGGCAGCGGCGGCGGAGAGCAGCGCGCAGCCCGGUGCAGCCCUGGCUUUCCACUCGCUGCGCGUCCGCGCCCCUUUCAGCGUCCGCAACCAGAAGCCCAGCGCAGCUCCCGGAGCCGGAUCUGCGCCCGCACCGCUCCCUGGACCGCGACCCCGGCCACCCCGCGAUGACCGCGACCGAAGCCCUCCUGCGCGUCCUCUUGCUCCUGCUGGCUAUCGGCCACAGCACCCAUGGAGCUGAAUGCUUUCCGGCCUGUGACCCUAAAAAUGGAUUCUGCGAGGAUGACAAUGUUUGCAGGUGCCAGCCUGGUUGGCAGGGUCCCCUGUGUGACCAGUGCGUGACCUCUCCUGGCUGUGUCAACGGACUCUGUGAGGAACCCUGGCAGUGCAUCUGCAAGGAUGGCUGGGACGGAAAACUCUGUGACAUAGAUGUCAGGGCUUGCACCUCUACUCCAUGCUCCAACAAUGGGACCUGCGUGGACCUCGAUAGCGGCCGCUAUGAGUGCUCCUGCCCCCCUGGAUUCUCUGGCAAGGACUGCCAGGAGAAGGACGGACCCUGCGUGAUCAAUGGUUCCCCCUGCCAGCACGGAGGCACCUGCGUGGACGAUGAGGGCCGGGCCUCCCAUGCCUCCUGCCUGUGCCCCCCUGGCUUCUCGGGCAACUUCUGCGAGAUCGUGGCCAACAGCUGCACCCCCAACCCGUGCGAGAACGAUGGCGUCUGCACCGACAUAGGGGGUGACUUCCGCUGCCGCUGCCCGGCUGGGUUUAUCGACAAGACCUGCAGCCGCCCGGUGACCAUCUGCGCUAGCAGCCCCUGCCAGAACGGGGGCACCUGCCUGCAGCACUCCCAGGUGAGCUACGAGUGUCUGUGCAAGCCCCCGUUCACGGGUCCCACCUGCGUGAAGAAGCGCGGGGCCGGCCCCUCGCAGGUCACCCAUCUGCCCAGUGGCUAUGGGCUGACCUACCGCCUGACCCCUGGGGUGCACGAGCUGCCAGUGCCGCAGCCUGAGCACCGCAUCCUGAAGGUGUCCAUGAAAGAGCUCAACAAGAGCACCCCUCUCCUCACCGAGGGUCAGGCCAUCUGCUUCACCAUCCUGGGCGUGCUCACCAGCCUGGUGGUUCUGGGCACCGUGGGCAUCGUCUUCCUCAACAAGUGCGAGGCCUGGGUGUCCAACCUGCGCUACAGCCACAUGCUGCGCAAGAAGAAGAACCUGCUGCUGCAGUACAACAGCGGGGAAGACCUGGCGGUCAACAUCAUCUUCCCCGAGAAGAUCGACAUGGCCACCUUCAGCAAGGAGGCGGGCGAGGAGGAGAUCUAAGCAGUAUCCCCACAGGCCCCUCUAUAUUCUCGGGGUUUCGCAGAGCUCACUACAUGCGGUCUGUGCUAAUCUUUGUGGUGGAAUUUGCUUUUUUCUGUGUGAAAUCUAGUGAACGCUAUGCUUACAUGUAUUGCUUUUGUGUUGCUGUGUGACAAGCGCAAUGCCCACGGAGACUAUCUCCUCUUUCUCUCUAUUAAUGCAUGAUAACGAAUAAUAAUAAGAAUUUCAUCUUUAAA